GGAAAAGAGAAAAAGGCUGCAGACUGCUGGACGAGUAGCUGCAGGAAGCCGGAAAUACUACUUGCUAUCCGUUAAACGGUUGCCUCCGGCGGGUUUGUGGUUCCUUUUUUUUUUGGGCCGCUCGUCCCUUGGGACCGUCGCUUCGGUUGGCUCCUCCCCGAUUCUUUUCGCUCGAUGGCCGAGUUCGAUCUCUUCGGCGCCCCUCAGCCGGUGGCGGGAAACGGGUCGCUGGGGGUUAGCGGCGAAGAAGACCCAGCCGCCGCCUUCCUGGCCCAGCAGGAGAAUGAAAUCGCGGGCAUCGAGAACGACGAGGGCUACAGCAUCCUGGAAAAUGGCGAGGUGCCCGUCGGGAUUCAAGGCCAAGACGCGCUGACCGCAGAUGCAAUUGAUGGCGUGACAAAUGGCGAUAUCUACCAGCUGCCUCUUUGUCUGGAUCAGGAGAGCAAUGGUCCUACAGACUGCUAUGCUGCUAUUUAUCAAGCUGAUCGUCUGCAGACAGAACCAGAGAGCAUUCGCAAAUGGAGAGAAGAGCAGCGAGAGCGUCUAGAAGAGCUUGAUGCAAACUCUCGAAAGCAAGAAGCAGAAUGGAAGGAAAAAGCAAUAAAGGAAUUGGAGGAGUGGUAUGCAAGACAAGAUGAGCAGCUAGAGAAAACGAAAGCAAAUAACAGGGUGGCAGAUGAAGCUUUCUACAAACAACCCUUCGCUGACGUGAUCGGUUAUGUCACAAACAUAAACCAUCCUUGCUACAGCCUAGAACAGUUAAGUAAACUCUUCACUGCCCCUUAAGUGUCUUGUCCCAUGAAAUAGCAGUGUUGUAGUGACCCUUGUCAUCAGUGGUGUUUGUAAAAUACAACCAUACUUGUGAUCAGUGCUGAACUUCAUAAGUUCAUCUCAUUGCUUUUUUCCCCCCCGUACUCUGUGGGAGUAGUUUUCUUCCUUUUCCCUUCCCCAUAAGUAGGUCUGCUUUAUUGCAUUUGCUUGUGUUCAGAGUUCAUGGUCUGCUUCGAUUAGCUCCAGAAAAUAAUUUUCCUAUUUGUGAGCAAGAUAGCAGAAUGCUAGUAUUGAAGGGACAAUACUUGUGGUGAUGUCACUAAGCACAAAAUGUGCAGAUGAAAUGAAGAAGCAGAUUUCUCCUUGGCCUUUCUCCUUCAGUCUUCCUUGUUCCAGCCUUUAGGUCCAUAGCAUUUUCAAGCAUAAGGGCUAUGACUUCUUUUCUUUCAUGCUAAAUUCUGCUGUCUCUCGGCAGCAUUGAAAAUAGUGUUCCAGUUUCAUGUUAUAGUUUGUAAAAAUUGAAAAUAACUAUUAAGAAGGCAACUGAAUACCAAUCUUAGCAUACUAUGCCAACCUGCUUACUUCUACUAGUAUCCAUAGGAUCAUUGGCGAUGGCCUUAUAUAGAAUCAAAUGGUGAUCCUUCAAACUUAGUGUCAUUCAGAUCUGACUCCUAAUAGCUUUCCGAAGUUUCAGAUUGGAAUCUUUUCUUUUUUUUUGCCCUGUAUGGAAAUGCUCAGGAUUGCACCGGGAACCUUCUGCAUGGAUUACACAUGCUCUGCCAUUGUAUUGUGGAUCUUCUGAUUUAUAUUGUAUGCAGAACUCAGUGCGUGGGUAAUGAGAUUGUGUGCAGAUUGUCAAAUUUGCACGUUACGCAGACUCAGGUUAUGCAUCUGUACAGUUGAUUCUCAACAGACCCACUCUCCUCAUCCCUGUAUACUAUAUAAGGUUGAGAUUACCCUUCUCUGUUAAACCAAGAACACAUAUACUCCCAACAUUUGACUUAGCACCUCUCUCUUCACCUGGGUCUUGAUUAUUGCCCCUUCCAUAAUUUGAAGGUUUAAAAAGAGAGGAUUGGAAAUUUUACCCUACUUUUGAGUGAUGGUGAUGAUGAUUUUACAAAUAAUUAGGAAACAACUCAUGGGAAAAUGGACGGGAGUCUUAUUUCGUUGAAAUGAAACAUGGUG